CACAUCAGUUUCCUAAAGGCAGUUGAUGAUGUGGCGUCUCUCUGUAACCUGUCUCCUGCUCUGUGUCUCUGUACACACGGCUCACAGUGCCAUUUACAAUCAGGGAGGCACAGAGGGGAGUAACAGUGUUCUCUUCUGUGAGAAUGAUGGUAACGUGAUUUGGGGUAAAGGUGUUGAUGGAGGGAGAGGGGACAUCCUCACUGCUCAACAUGGAGAAGAACCCAUUAAACACAACCCUGAUCCAGAUCACAGAUACAAUGUGACAAGUGAAUUAUCACUCCAGAUAAAGGAUCUGUCCCUCUCAGACUCGGGGAUUUACUACUGUAACUCUGUUCCUGUAGUCAAUCUGACUGUCACUCCAUUAAAAGCCAGAGUCAAUCAGAGACGCACAGAGGGGAGUGACACUUUUCUCUUCUGUGAGAAUGAUGGUAACGUGAUUUGGGGUAAAGGUGUUGAUGGAGGGAGAGGGGACAUCCUCACUGCUCAACAUGGAGAAGAACCCAUUAAACACAACCCUGAUCCAGAUCACAGAUACACUGUGUUAGAUGAUUUAUCACUCCAGAUAAAGGAUCUGUCUCUCUCAGACUCGGGGAUUUACUACUGUAACUCUGUUCCUGUAGUCAAUCUGACUGUCACUCCAUUAAAAGACUCCUCCACUAAAUCCUACACAACUGCAUCUACCAUGAACAACACGGACAGCGUCAGUGAGGAGAACAAGUCCACACAGACGACUCCGACUAGAAGAACCAGCACCGGAGUGACUCACACUGAAAAUGGAGCUUCUCAAAAGAACAUUCCCAAGAGCAGUACAGAAGAUAUCUGGACGACAAGUAACCAGCAGAACCGAGCAGAAGGAGUUUACUGUCUGCCUCCACAUCCAUGAGUCCUGAUCACACACUAACACACACACUAACACACACAUUAACACACACAUUAACACACACAUUAACACACACACUAACACACACAUUAACACACACAUUAACACACAUUAAUAAACACAUCAACACAUUAACACACACAUUAACACACACACUUAACACACACACAUAACACACACACUUAACACACAUUAACACACACAUUAACACACACACUAACACACACAUUAACACACACAUUAACACACAUUAAUAAACACAUCAACACAUUAACACACAUUAACACACACACUUAACACACACACAUAACACACACACUUAACACACAUUAACAGACACAUUAACACACACACUUAACACACACAAAUACACAUUAACACAGACAUUAAUACACACAUUAACACACAUUAACACACACAUUAACACACACAUUAACACACAUUAAUACACAUUAACACAGACAUUAAUACACACAUUAACACACACAUUACCACACACAUUAACACACAUUAACACAGACAUUAAUACACACAUUAACACACACAUUACCACACACAUUAACACACAUUAUCACAAACAUUAACACACACAUUAACACACACAUUAACACACAUUAAUAAACACAUUAACACAUUAACACACACAUUAAUACACACAUUAAUACACACAUUAUCACAAACAUUAACACACACAUUAAUACACACAUUAAUACACACAUUAAUACACACAUUAAUACAUUAACAUGCACAUUAAUAAACACAUCAACACAUUAUCACACAUAUUAAUACACACAUUAACACACACAUUAAUACAUUAACAUGUACAUUAAUACACACAUUAACACACAUUUAUGUAUAAUCUCAUUCUCACACUUUUCUUUCCUUUUG